GUCAAUUCCGCAAACUUGUCCCAUCGUUGCCGAAUACUGGCGCUCAAAGCUGGUUCUAAGUUAUUGAGAUCACCGAAUGAUUGUGUAGUAUUUUGAUGCAUUAUUCCCGUAAUAUCUCGUGGAAAGUUAUCAAGUUAGAUAGAGCCUACCUCUUCAGAGACAUCAGUAGCACAGAAGUUGGCAAACUGUUCAUGGUUCGUCUGCGCCCUCUGCUUUCGUGAGUAAAUGAGGUUAACGUUGACCGUUGACUAAAUAAAUCCGAUCAAUCACCCAGCCAGCCUCUCGUUGUGAAAGACGUUACGGUGACACUUCUUUCAUUAAUUAUAGUAUUUGACUGGCAAUUACUUCCGUCUUUCCAUGAGGCAUUCUUUCACUCUCAGCUUGAAGUGCUAUUGGCCUAAUUUUAAUACCCGUGAAGAACUGGAAGAAAUGUGUAAAAGUUAGCGUUGAACAGCGUUGCAGAAAUGAAUGCUUUUUUUCCUCAAGACAGCGGAAUGUCGCGAAGACUACUUUCCCUUCACUCUACUACAUUAACACUGGUUACAUUAAUUCAAGCUGACAUCAGCCAGAAAGAUGGUAUGGUCUUGCGUUCUUCCGCCUUUGACUUCAAGCCAUAUAUGAAGAGAUCUACAGAUAACAAUUUUAUUUGCACUCCGAACUACGAUGCAACAACAUUAGGCCUACGAGUCGUAAAUAAUAUUAAACAGUCCCAACAAAAGAAGGCUGAGAAGUGAAGAGAACAUGUUCGUGUGCUGCAGUUAAACACAAAACAAUGUCUGAAGUCAUUGGAACAGAAGCAGAGUUACUGAAAAUUUCACCCAUGUUACAAGAACAAAUUCUUACUGAUGUGUUGAAAGAUGUGAGUGGGCAGUCAGAUGUAGCACUUAGGAGCUACACAUUGUCUCCAUUAGGUGAUCAGGGAGAGUGCUACAUGAGUGACAUUAGACGAAUACGAAUUGAAGGCACGUCAGGUAAUGGCUCAAAAUCACAUACUGUAACAGUUGUUGUCAAAGCUCUACCAUCAAAUAUUUGCCACAAAAAAUCUUUUAGAUUGGCAGAAUUCUACAGAAAUGAAGUACACUUCUACAAAGAGGUACUUGAGAAGUUGUUGGCAUUCCAGAAGAAGAAAAAGCCAAAAAAUCCCUUUACACAAAUUCCAAGAUGCUUUAAAGCAUUUACAGAUGGUGACCAUGACUUCAUUAUUUUGGAAGACUUGAGUGUGCUUGGUUUCCAGGCAGCCACAGGACAACAAACAUAUAACUUUGCACAUUGUGCAGAAGUUCUAAAAUGCAUAGCUAGGUUCCACGGUCUCUCAUUUGCUAUGAAAGACCAGGAACCGGAAGAAUUCAGAGCUGCUGCAGGCAAUUUGCAGGAAGUAUGGUACAGUGAAGCACUGCGAGAAUGGUAUCGAGGAAUGAUGAAAAAUAUACUUAAUUAUUCUAUGCAGGCAGUUUCCUUAGAAUAUCCUGACAGUGUAUAUGAACAAAAGAUGAGAGAAUUCUGUGAAAGUGCAGUUUACGAUAAAGCCAUUGAUUUUGUUAAGCCUGACAAGCCUCACUCUGUUAUUCUGAAUGGAGAUACAUGGGGUCCAAAUUUUUUAUUCCUUUAUGAUGGUUCUGAUGAGCAACAUAUAAAAGAUACUCGUCUAAUUGAUUUUCAGAUGUCACGCUUGGCAAAUCCAGUAUGUGAUCUCUCAUUCUUUCUGUAUUCAAGCACAUCCAAGGAAUUUAGAGAGUCAAAUAUUUCAGAUCUGCUUAAAACUUAUCACCAAAGCCUGUCUGACAUGAUUCAAGAUUUGGGAUCUGACCCACAAGUUGUUUACCCAUACAAGAUAUUUGAAGCUGAGGUAAAACAAUUUUCGACUUUUGGAUUCAUUAUGUCAUUGGAAGCAGUGGCAGAGAGCACACUGGAUGACCAGGACAAGCCAAAACCCAGCUUAAUGGAAGGAGAAGAAUUUAUUCCAUUUCAUGAAAUUUGGAAGUUUCCACCGUUAACAAAUAAGCAAACUAUCAAGCGACUAGCAGAUAAUGUAAAAUAUGCUAUAGAAAAUGGACAUAUUUAAUAUGAGGAAACCUGUUUCAGCCUUCAACACUUUGCCUGCCAUGUAGCCACCGGUGACCACAACAGAGCCUUUAUGCAUGACACCAAGGCCUGGCCUGGUGGUGAAAUAUCCAUCACUGUGCAUAUGGUAGUCAAUGUGUUAAUUAAUCACAGUUUCAAAUUACUAUUUUAAGAAGCAUAGUCUUGGGUGAUAGUUUAACAUAGCUAGAAGAAAAUAAUUUUACUAGUCUUUGUCCAUUAUGACCAUGUAUCACCAAUGAGCAAUACUUUGUAUCAGAUCUUGUUACACUCAAAAUGUGCAGUUGCUUUUUUUUCUAUUUAACAGAACCAUUUUUGGCAAUGUAUUUUGGUUCACAAUGGUGACAACCUGUACUUUCCAGUGAGGCUAUCUAGGACAUUGUCCCAUGUUACCUUGCAUGAUUGAGACACGUACUUCAAUUCCUUGCUGUUCUUAUAAAAUCAAACAAUGGAAAAUCCAGGAUGGAAUGUAACAAUAUUAUGAGAAGAAAAGUUGCUAACCACCAUAUAGUGGAAAUGCUGAGUCGCAGAUAGGAACAACAAAAAGACUCAAUUAUAGCUUUCAGCCAUUAAGGCCUUUGUCAACAAUCGACACACAUUCGCACACACACUCAAGCAAAUGCAACGCACACACAUGACUGCAGUCUCAGGCAAUUGAAACAAGCGAGCAGCAGCACCAGUGCAUGAUGGGAGUGACGACUGACUGGGGGUAAGGAGGACACUGGUGUGGGGCGGGGGGACGGAUCUAUGGUGGGGGAGGCGGACAGUGAAGUGCUGCAGGUUAGACAGAGGGCAUGGGAGAGGUUGGGAGGGGAAAGUAGUCACUGCCCUUACCCAUCCACCCCCUUCCCUGUUCCCAUUCCAGCACUACACAGCCGUCAUUCCACCACCACAUCCAGCCUCUUUAUUUCUCUCGUUUUAUGCUACUCCCCUGCCCCCCUCCCCACUUCUCCCGUGUCCUCUGUCUAACCUGCAGCAAUUCACUAUCUGCCACCUCCACCAUAAAUCCCUCCCCCUCCCCAUCCCUGCCUCCUCCUUACCCCCACCCAGUCACCACUCCCAUCAUGCACUGGUGCUGCUGCUCGUAGUGUGGCUUCAGUUGCCUGAGAUUGCAGUCAUGUGUCUGAGUAGCAUUUGCGUGAGUGUGUAUGCAUAUGUGUGUCUGUUGUUGACAAUGGCUUUAAUGGCCAAAAACUAUAAUUGUGAGUCUUUUUUGUGCUUAUCUGCAACUCAGCAUUUCUGCUAUAUGGUGAAUAGCAACUUUCCUUCUCAUAAUAUUGUUCUUAUCAAAGUAACAGAUUUGAGGCCCUGCAAUACACCCCCCCCCCCCCUUUUUGGUUUAUCCAUCAAUCUGCACGGCAGAUUUUAAUGUACUGUUCAUUGUGUUGGAAUAUAUGUGAACAGCAACACCAAAAUCUGCCUGUAAUUCACACACAUGUAGCUCCAGUUGAAAUACAAAAUACAAUGCUUCACUGUGUUUGCAGCCACUGUACUCUGUCUGUCUAUACCAUUGUCAGCAGAUGUUAAAUGAAACCAUCAAAUUACAAGUGAAAUUUAUAGACAAAUUUCACAGUAAAGAAUUGUUUUAUUUGUGAAUUAAGGUUAUUUAAAAUUGUUCUCAUCAGAACAGGUUUGUAAAUAAAUUGUGACAGAGGUGGAUCAUUAACUGUACAUAUUAUAAAAAUGUUUUUAUGUUCCAUAUCUCCUCCUAAACCACUGAACCAAUUUCAGCUAAACUUGGUUCACAUAUCCCGUACUGUAAGGCAAUAAUAACUUUGUGGGUGAGAACCAUCUACCCACCAUAGUUCAGGAGAUAUUAUGUAAUAAACAAUAUAAUGUGACAAAAACUGCCAUGUCGUGCAUGACAUCUAAAUUUAUUAAUUCUGUACUACUAACACUAUUCAUAACAAAUUUUGCAAACAGUAUUCACAUAUACUGCCUAAUAUACCUAAAAAAUUAUAUCAUGGUACCACAUGUAGGUCAGGAGGUAUGACAUCAUAAAAACUGAGAUGCAUGAAAAACUACUGCAUUGUGCAUGGCAUUUAAAUUUAUUACUUCUUUGCUACUAACUCUAUUCACAACAUAUUUAACAGACAGUGUCCACAUAUGCUGCUGAAUGUAGCUACAGAAAUAUAUCAUUUUACAACAUAUAGUUCAACAGAUAUGACAUCAUAAACGCUGAGAUGUGUGAAAAAAAAAGCCUCAUUAUCCAUGAGGCUUUAAUACAUUUUUUUCUUUACCACUAAGACAGCCCCAUAGUUGAGUCAACUUCAGAAAAUGCCUUAUACUUUUGAAAGCUUUCAACUACAAAAUGCAAAUGGCUGUGGCAAAAGCAAUAGCUGUCUAUUGCGCUAUGAAGAACAGUUGCCAUAGAGACAUUUACAGAAUUGCAUUGUGGACACACAAAGCAGCUGUGCCCAAUAUACAGAAAUUGUGCACUGCAAACAUAGUUCAUUUUUUGCUUCUGUUUCUAACAGAGAAUUGUCAAAAUGAAUUCCUGGGCAAUGCUGUGAAAUGAUAGGCCACAUUGACAGUUGCAGGAGAGAGCUGUACUUCUGAAUUUGUGGUUAUUCGUUUUAUUCUGUAAUACCAGUUUAAAUUUAUUCCUAUGACAGUCCAUUAUUUGCAAAACCACAGGUCUCAUGCAGUAAGUGGUGAUUCUUUUUACAAUAGAACACCAUGGUAAGAAUUCAACAUAUCAUUAUUUGUAGGCUGUGUGCCCUAUGAUAUGUAGGGCAUAAACCAAUUCUUCAUCUGAAGUAUCAUUUAAAUAUAAUAUGAAGUCAUAAGAGAACAAGGUUAAUUUGAAGCUAUAACAAAUUUUUAUUUACAUUUCUAUUUACCAUUGAGCAAAUUUUCAGCAUUUUUUAUUAGACUAAUAUUGUAUGGAAGUUGUUCAAAUGUACACAUAAAUUUUACUUUAAUUCAUUACAAGGAAAUGGAUCAUAUGAAUAUAUACUGCACAUUAAAUAACACACACACAUACAAAAGAUAAUACAAAGUGACCCAUACAAAAUUGCAUACUUACACAGUCUGUCACAGUCUGUUCUUUGUAAGCUUACACUCUUGUCCUUCCUAAAUAGCAAAUCUAUUUAAAAACAGCAUUGAUUCAGUACAAGUUUGCCAUCAAACAAUAGUUGUCUGUGAUACAUAAACAUAAUGAAAAUGUUAAGGGGCAAAAGAGUAUUUUGAAUUUUGGCUUCAGAUAAACAUAUUGGCAUAAUGUUAUUACCCAACAUUCACAGAGUAACAUUGUUUUUUAAAUGUUGCUUAAAAACUAUUUUCGUCUUCUAACCUUACAAAUAGACUGGUGAUUUCUUGGAAAAUGUAACACUAAUGUGACUCAUAUGUCUCUGUAUGUCAGUUUUUUUAGUUUACUGUGUAUGGAGUGCUGUGCUAUUUCAGCAGUAGUUAUGGAAGUCAGGAAUUAUCAGAACAUCUUCAAGGUUGGCCCUGAAAUACAAAACACGUUUUUUUUUUUUUUUUUUUUUUUUUUUUUUUUUUUUUUUUUUUUUUUUAAAUAGAGUGAGGGUAUAGUUAGUACUUUCAGUUUUUUGAAUAUAGGUUUGUAUGAUGUCUAUGGAGGACUGUGUGUUAUCAUCUGGAUAGCAUUCUUCUGUAACAGAAAAGAAACUGUUUUAGGUGGCAAGUGGUGGUAACACAAAAUAUUCCAUUUGUUGUGAUGGACUGGAUAUAACUGAUGUACACCAUGCUGGUAUCAUCAGAGGUACAAAUGUCUGAGAUAACUCUUUGAGCAACACAGGCUGAACUGGAUUCCUGUGUAGGCUUUAUUGAAUGAUCAUAAAAAUUUAAGUUUUGAUCAACAUGAAUUUGUAGCAUUUUGUUGGUUUUACACUGUUUAAGAACUUGAUAUGUAAUUGUAUGGAGCAAUGGCUUUGGUUUGCUUACUAUCACACUAGGAUAUUUUGCAAAAACAUGAAAUUGGUUUCACUAUGUAAGGUGUGUACAUCAUUUAUAUGAAUAAGAAAUAAAAUGGGACCUAGAGCA